AUGCCUUCACUUUCCGAUUAUUCUGCAUCUUUUGUAGUUGCAAAGAAAAGAAGUAAAGUGAGUGAAAAUGUAUUAAGAAAUGCUGUUAGUCGGACGUUACAAAUUAAAUGCAAUCGCAUGCGGACAUUUAUCGAUGAAAAUCACGACUCGUUGCAUUUACAUAUUAGCCAGCUGCGACAGUUUGCCGCAUCUACCGGUGGCUUAGUUCUGGAUGAAAUUCGUGCUCUUGUUUGGCCUGUUCUGGCAUCUUCACUUGUACAGGAUUCGUUCACUGAUCAGGAGACAGCAUCAACAUUUUCGGAUUCUGAUUUUGAAUCCGCUCAUUCCGACUUCACUUAUGAAGAACAUGACUCCACGAUUGACUCUGCUACCAUUUUAAGAACUAGCCAUGAAUUUCGUUUCAAUAUGCUGCGAUAUUUCAAGACUCUCGUCCUUUUCCUUUCCUUGUUGUCAAGUCCAACGUUGAAAGAUUUACAAAGUCAUCGUGAAUGGAACCAGGUGCAAAUGGAUGUUCAGCGCACACUGGCGCGAUUUCCACCUGAUAUAUCAGAUAAAGAACGAUGUACUUUGCAAGAAGAUCUAACUCCUUUGAUUGUAAAAAUUCUCUGGAGCUGUCCUCGAUUUCAUUAUUAUCAAGGUUUUCAUGAUGUUUGUUUGACCUUAUUAUUGGUGCUCGGUAAUGAGAAAGCAGAGCAUGUUGGUACACUUUUGGCAAAUAAUGGAAUUUUUAAGGGUUACCUUCUCAGAAAGCUAGAAGAUACCGUACUCAGAGAUCUUGAUUUGAUGCAUGUUUUGCUUUGGAAAGUUGAUGAAGAGUUGGAAAAAGUAGUACGUGCUGUAGAAUUAGGAUCAUUAUUUGCUUUAAGCUGGCCAUUGACGUGGUUUUCACAUGCUCUUCAUCACUACCACCAAAUUGUGCUUUGUUUCGACUUUUUCCUGGCUACUCAUGCGCUUACUCCCAUUUUUUUAACUUCUGCUGUCGUUUUGUGGCGAAGUAAUGCAGUCCUUAAUUGUUCUCGGGACAUGGCUUCUAUUCAUCAUCUACUGAAUGUAAUACCAAAUGAUAUCCCUGUUCAAGCACUAAUCAACGAUGCGCAAGAUCUGUUUCGGAUGUUUCCUCCAUCACGGUUACGUGGUCCGCUAAUGGAAGACUAUCAACAUCUUAUAAAUAUUAGUCGGAUACGAAAACCGUCGUUUCCAAAGACAUCCCUUCGAAAGUGGUUAGUUGCUGGUACUGCUACUGCAGCAAUAUACGUCCUAUCAAGAUAUAUGUUUAUUACUUCUUCCUACUGA